AUGGCUAUGGCGGCUAUGGCUAUGGCUAUGGGUGCGGCUAUGGCUAUGGCUAUCGGCUAUGGAUACGGCUAUGGCUAUGUCAAUGUCUAUCGUGUACGGUUCCUUGAGGAGUUCGGAGCCGGUGAUCUUGGUCCUGGGUACUACGUGGUCAAGCUUCGCCUGGAUGCCAGCUUAUGGCUCCUCAUCUCGCGCAUGAGCCACGAAGUAGAUGAUUUGUUUGCUGGCUGGGAAGAUGAUAUCAAUGAAGUGUUGGCUGAGGGCCCAGAGCAUCAGGUGGUCAUUGAUGCAGUGGCCGAUUCCUCAUCGGCGCAGCCGCGAAGAAAAAAAGGCCGGCCUGUCGGCUCCACUGGUAGCCGUAUGGUGAGGGAGCAGAUGCAGCGGCUACAAGCCGAAGAAGCCGAAACCGAGGACGGGGAACCAUCAGAACUGGUGCCACGAGCGGAAUCGAAUGCUGACAUUGUCAAACAUCUGCAACAGCACAGGGCCCUGAAGGAUGCUGUUCAGAAGAUGUUUGGCCCCUGGCAAUUUCUGCUGAAUGUGGGAAGCAGCUUUCAGAGAGUUGUAUCGCAGUCGCUGAAAGCGUCUUUGUCCCAGAUUGUUCAGGGCAGAGCUUUGACUUGCUCUGCCACCGCGUUGGCGAGGUUGGAGAACAGCGGAGAGGACUCGAGCAGGACAUCACUGCAGCGUCGCAUGGUUCAGUCCGGAGGAUUGGCCUUGGAAUGUUCUGCUUUGCUUUGCAGUGCUGCGCUUUCGUCUUUCAUCGAGGCCUGCAAGAAUCCUGUGUCGCAGGGUGUGGGUGUGCGCGGCUUGGAACUGAAGCCAUUAAUGUUUUGCUGGCGUGUACGCUACGACGAAACUCCAAGCAAAGUCCGAGUGGCAAAUUUGCACGACAGCUCGGCAGCCCCUCGGUUGCAGUUUUGCUAUUAUGAGUAUUAUGAUCGUCAUCGUUAUCGUUCUGAUUAUUGA